GAUGGUGGAGUGAGUCUCUGGUACUCUCUGGCGGAAUACUUUCCUCCUCGUCUGGCUGUUUCAGGGGCCGAAGCGACCGCUGCUUGGAAGGACUCUGCACCGCUUUCUCCGCUCCACCGUCGCUCACAACAGUCUUUUGGGUUUACGUGCAAAAACGAGAAAAUGGCACAUUUUAAUAAGGGGCCAGCCUACGGAUUGUCUGCUGAAGUGAGGAGCAAAAUUGCUCAGAAAUAUGACCCACAAAAGGAGGAGGAGCUCCGGUUCUGGAUUGAGGAGGUAACAGGGAUGCCUAUUGGAGAGAACUUCCAGCAAGGCUUGAAGGAUGGAGUCAUUCUCUGCGAACUGAUUAAUAAGCUGCAACCUGGUUCAGUAAAGAAAAUCAACCUUUCACAACUGAACUGGCACAAGCUGGAAAACCUUGGGAAUUUCAUCAAAGCUAUCCUGGCCUAUGGCUUAAAGCCCAAUGACAUCUUUGAGGCCAAUGACCUGUUUGAAAAUGGGAACAUGACUCAAGUACAGACCACACUGCUUGCACUGGCCAGCAUGGCAAAGACCAAAGGUAUGGACACAAAGAUCGAUAUUGGGGUGAAAUAUGCAGACAAACAAGCUCGACAUUUUGAUGAUGAGAAGAUCAAGGCUGGUCAGUGUGUCAUUGGACUGCAGAUGGGGACAAACAAGUGUGCGAGUCAGGCUGGAAUGACUGCUUACGGAACCAGAAGACAUCUGUAUGAUCCAAAGACUCAGACUGACAAGCCCUACGACCAGACCACCAUCAGCCUGCAGAUGGGAACCAACAAAGGAGCCAGCCAGGCGGGCAUGUCAGCACCUGGUACCCGCAGGGACAUCUUUGACCAGAAGGUGGCACUGCAGCCGCUUGACAACUCCACCAUCUCCCUCCAGAUGGGCACCAACAAAGUGGCAUCUCAGAGGGGUAUGAGCGUGUACGGUCUGGGCCGACAGGUCUAUGACCCCAAAUACUGUGCCCCCCCAACAGAGCCAGUCAUCCACACUAACGGCAGCCAGGGUACCGGCACCAACGGCUCAGAGAUCAGCGACAGUGACUAUCAGGCUGAGUUCCAGGAGGACGAGUACCAUGGAGGUUACCAUGACGACUACAGUUCCCAUUACAAUGAUCAGGGCAUUGACUAUUAAUGGAGACCUUCAUCUCCAGAGCAGUAUUAACAAGUGUAUUUUAUCAACUAGACAAGAGAGCAAAUCUUUGCUGUCCUCACUAGUCUUUUUCUUCUCUCAAAGCAUAAAAUGAAAUGUUGCCCUGAAUGCUUUCCUUCUUCACCUAGACUCUUUGAUCUGAGCAGCAAAGGUUGCAAGAAGUUGUAGUAGCACAGAAUAAUGAGAUACAGUGAUGAAAAUAUUUUUUAAGCUUAAGAGCAUUCCUUUUAAUACCCACUUUUUAAAACAUGCCUUAAUGAUGGAACACUAAAGUAGCGAUAACUUUGUGGAUCAGUGGUGUAGCUUCAGGUGAAACUGCUACAGUCCAAUGUUUGUAUUCCUGGACUGAAGCUGUUCUCAUGAUCCAUGUGAAAAGAAUUCCCUUAUAUAUGCUCUCACACAAUAGGCAGAUUUAUGGUCUUCCCUCUGUGGUCUGUUUGUUUUCAUACACCCAGCCACAGAUUGUGACGCAAACAUCCCUUAAAGGUUUUGUACUACAUUUGAUCACUACUUUUUCCCCUUAUAAGCAUGAUGGCUAUUCAUAUAGUACAGAUGGUCAAACCCAAGCAAACUCUAUUUCAAAGCUAGGCUUCCUUGUUCCGUCACAUUACAUAUAUUUUCAUAUUGUUUGUCUUUUAUUCCCAAACUGUAUUUAUUGCAAUGACUCUCAUUAUAAAACAGUCCACUGUUAUGCAUAGGGUCCGUAAAGAAUAUGGUAUGUUAUAAAUAAAGCCUCAAAUUCUUCAAUUCUGGAAGCCUGUCUGCACGCUACUGUUCCAAACAUAUCACAUGUCCAGUCACAAGAAUGUCCUACGUUCAUCGCUACAGUCACAGUUGCUACAACUUGUUAACAUAAAAGAGCAUCCAAAGUCAUUUCAUGCUACGUUUUAUAGAGUGGAAAGAUUAAAGCUGGUGAUUAAUUUCUAAUAACCAGCAGAAACAC